AUGGACUCUCCUAAAUCGCCGCCUGGUAGUGUGCGUCGCCAUGCGAGGAACAUAUCACAUCCGGCGCCCACCCGGGCGACCAAGGGUCUCCUAGAAGAGGCCACAGACGAGUGAGUGUUGCUAACUUCAUGUGUUUGCUUUUAGGCUGAUGCUGAUUACACAGUCCUCUAGCUGAAUCUUCGCCCGCUGACUCCACCUCUUCACCAUCUCAGAUAACCCAGUCAGUUCAAAGUCCGGAAUCGCAACGAUCUACACCUCCGAUACCAGAGCCGGCGUUGUUGCCACAGCCGCUCCGGCAAACAGCAAAUCUCCAAUUUCUCAAAGACCCAGGCAUCUACCACGAGCUUUUCGUUCAGGAUGUACCCAAAGCUUUCCUGGAGUCAGAGCAUCAGCCUCCUGCCAAUGCCUCUCUGCCGGACCUCCUCCAGGGCGGUCACUUCAGACGAGCUGCGGAGAAGGCCUUGAGAGAUCUGUAUGCAAGUCCAUCUGAUGCGGCUGAACACAUUCUACAGUUGCUGUACACCCGCUUGGCCUGUCUGAUCUUGAUCUCGCGACCCGAUAUGGCAGCUCAAGAAGCCAUUCCUCUCAUCGACCUCUUGGCACGGAAUCCACCCGGCGCUCAGGAUAUUGUUCCACUUAUUCCAUGGGAGCUCCGACUUUUACUAGUCCGUUUGCAAUCCAUUGGUGCUGCUGACGGUGGUAGACGCGGAAUCAUGUCGUUGUAUGCACUUGCCGGUGAAGUCCGCUCCAAUCUCCGUCGCGCGCAGGAUGCUGGUGAUGGCACUUCCAUCGCCAUGUGGAGUGCACAUUUGCAAGAUCUUGGAAUGCGCGUUUGCGAUGCUUUGGUGGAGAUGGGAGAGCUUGAGACCGCUGCGAGGCAUCUGGAUACACUCGUCGACGUGGAUGCUGAUGAAGUGACCUAUCGAAAAGCCUUACUUCGCCUACGAGUGGGGGAUUUCACCGGAGCACACCACUCUGUCGAUCGAAUUCACGAUGAAGCGAGGAAGAAAGGCCUGCAAUCUCUUUUGAGGGUUGGCGAUGGCGACUACUCGGCCGCAGUAAAGAGCUAUCAGAGUCUGAUUGCAGAAUUUCCAAGUCACGAAGAUUUCGCUCAGAACGCCGCGGUAGCAUUGCUCUACACCGGACACAUCAGCUCCGCACGCAGCGCUCUAGAAGAUCUGUCUUCACGUCUCCCAGUGUUCCCAACGCUGCUCUUCAACUUGAGUACUGUAUACGAGUUGUGUACGGACCGCGCAAACGAACGGAAGAACGCAUUUAUCGAAAGGAUCGCGGCCAGGACACCAGAUCCUCAGAGCGGCGGAUGGGAGCGCUCCAAUUUCGAGUUCAAGCUUUGA